AUGAAAAGUUAUAGACAUACUGAUUUGGCAACUAAAGUUGAGCCAGAACAUAGCGAUAACAACGGGAACGUUGACGUCAUUAUAAUUGUUGGACAAUAUCCUAAUAUAGAAAGAUUUAGUGCUUGUUCCAAGACGCUUCGCGAAAGAUCGAUUUAUUUUAAUACUGCAUUGUCGAGUAGAUGGGCAAAGAAAGAGAAGAGCGGUUAUUUGUUAGAAAAACCAAAUUUGUUGCCAGAAGUUUUUAGAUUGAUUUUAGAAUUUCUUGUUCAUCGUAAAGUCAUGCUAAGAAAUUAUAAUGGAACAAUGAUAAAUUUAUUGCUGGCAGCGGAAGAAUUGAUGCUUGGCGAUUUACGCAAUGUGCUUCAGAGCACCACAACAACGCACAAGACCAGAUGGAUGUCGGAAAAUUGUCCAGAUUUACUGCGCGUAGUACUCGAAUUCGAAUCACUGAAAAAGCUUCGCCACACUGUUCUAGGUUGGAUAUGUGAAAAUCCUUCUUGGCUUUACGAUUCUGAUAACUUCAUGACAUUGGAAGAGUCAAUUAUUUUGACAAUGAUCAAAAAUGAAAAAGACUAUUUGAAUAAUAGUUUUGUUUGGGACAUUUUACUUAGAUGGAGCAUAGCACGUAAUAACACGAUUAGUUUAGACACUUCUACUUGGUCGGUCGUCGUGUUUGAAGUGUUAAAGAAUAAUUUAAAAGAAUUUCUACCAUAUAUCCGUUUUGACCUUAUCUCUCGAAAUGAUUUUCACGAUAAAAUAAUACCAUUACGAAAAAUUAUUUCAAGAAAAAUUACAGAUCAGACUCUACGCUAUUAUUUAGAAGACAACCAACAAUAUCCUCCAAAAACAAUUUUAGAUGAUUCAUUAGUAAUCAAUCAUAUACACGCAGCCACGAUUUCGAAAUGGAUUAUGGGAAAAAACAUUAACUCGACAAAGUCUUUAAAAUACGAGUCACAAUUCAAACACCGUUUCACUAAACGUCACGAAUUCAAGUUAAUUUAUCGUGGCAGUCGAGACGGUUUCUCAGGCAACGCAUACCACAGACAUUGUGAUAAUAACGGAAAAAAUCUGGUGGUGGCAAAGAUUGCAAAUUCAAAUAUAAUUGUUGGCGGAUAUAAUCCAUUGGAUACGAAUGUUUUAGAUAAUAUCUACGAGUACAGAUAUUCGACGAAAAGCUUCUUAUUCACGUUCGGAACUACGGAUGUUACGACUCCAAGUAGAAUAAAUAGCGCUGAUAACCAUUUCACCGCUAUUCGGUCUACUUAUAAUGGUCCAUGUUUUGGGACACGAGAUCUUUACUUUAAUUUGAAUCAUCGGUCAGGCGUUUACGAUUCUGAAAUAUACACCGGGUCGAUAUUAGAUAGACAUAAUUUUGAAAUUUUCGAAUUGGAAGUAUUUAAGGUUUUGAAAAUAUAA